GUGAUUUUGGGCAUGCCAUGGAAACGCAAUGGGCUUUGUCAAAUCUACAACAACUUUUGUGAGCUGUGAGGUGACAAGAUACAGUGUGGUAUCAGUCAUUGCAAGACUGCAAUAUACUGGCGCCAGAGCUUGAAGAUGCUGGCGAUAUCCUCCACAUAACAAGAUAUUGCGACAGACUGCAGGGCGUCACCAUCAUCGGCUGUCUACAUCUACAUCUACAUCUACAUACAUGGCCAAUGCGCAUUCUUGAUUGAGCUACAGGACAGCUUAUUAGAGGUCAGCACCGAAGCUUUUGUUUAGUGUCAAGGGGUCAUUCGGAGAGGAGUCGCUGGAGGAAGUGGGUAACAGCGGGGGGGUUUUUGCCGGGGGGCACAAUGAACCUUCUUCCAGGCCAACAAGGGCCAGCGCCAGCGCAAGCACACGCACAAGCACAGGUACAGGCACAGGUACAGGCGCAAGCUGCCACUGCCGGAGCCCAAGCCCAAGUCCAAACGACCGCAACAGCGUCAGAUUACGCGACGACGACAGUAUCCAACGAACCACAGUCACAAUCACAACCACAAUUACAAUCGCCCCAAGAGCAACAACUGCCAGAAACACAGCCUGUACUCAGAUACCACCCCAGCACCAGCAAGAGCCGACAAGCCCAAGAACACCCGUCGGAACUGGACCAGCAGGCCGCUGCGACCGCCACAGCUCGCGCAGUCCAAGCCCAACACCAACACAUCCAACUCCAGAAUCUACUCUACCUCGGAGGCCAGAUGAACGGCAUGAACGGAGCUGGCCCCGGCAUGCAGGGCCCCGGCGUCAAUGGUGCCGCAAUGCCCGUUGGCCCUACACCUGCCGGACAUCAAGCCGAGCUGAACAUCAUAUAUGGACUUGUCGAGGAGCUGUCGAGACAACUGGCCGAAAACAGGCGCCAAACUGAGGAUAUCGUCAGCGGCAUUGGUAGAGUGAGGAGUCGGGCACGCGAACGUGGCUUGGGAAAUGAUGAGCUCCUCGGAGAGGCUGCCGACGACAUCUACGGACAGGAAGACAACAUCGAGACCCUGCUGUCUGUCCUCACCGAGUCCCUCGACCGCGCCAAGAACAGCCGCGACGCCAACUUUGCUCUUGUCAACGCCUAUGCACGCACGCUCGGCAACCUCCUCGGCCAGUUCCACUCCUACAAGCAGAAACAUAUAGCAGACGUCAGCGCAUGGCAUCGCUCCUAUCGCGCCCAACUCGCCGAGGCACGUGCCGAGAACUCCCGCCUGCGGGAACAGAUAUGGGACAUGCAAGAGCACGCAGGCCAAGCGAACGAGUUGCUGCGCGAGUUCAGAAAGAAGUACGACGAAGACGACGUACGCAUGGACAGGCGCAUCGAGGAGAGGGCCAAGAAGCAGGAAAUCCGCUUUUGGAAACGCAUGGCAAUGCCCGAGGUCGGCGAGAACGACGAGACGGCCUGGAGCGACGAUGAUGAUAUAGUUGACCCCGUUGAAAAGGAGAGGCUCAAGGAGGUCGAGAAGAGGGUCGCAGAACAGGCCUUGGCCGGUCUGGGCAGCAGCGACAGUCAACACAGCGAGGACAGCGAAGGCGAAGAUGGGUCUGGUCACCUAGACAUGAGCAGCCUCGGCGGUGUCGCCAUGGAACGAGAAGGCAGCUUGCCCGCGCCACCAUCACGACCGGCGAGCACGGGAAGCACCGGCGAGCACCUAAGAUGACAACGAAACCCUCAUGCAGCCUUGUUCCAGAUCAUGGAAGCAUGCGGCGGUGACUCCUCAUUUAGUCUUUGGUCUGCGCCUUCACGAAAGACACCUUAGGCGUUGUUAGUGGAUGCGGGUUCGUGUUAUGUGUAGCGGGUCAUAAUCCCAGUUCCGUCAGAUGAUGUAGGUUAGUUGAAAGUCACGUCCUGGAGCACGUUCCCCGUGCUGCAAGUGGGAACCCGCAUGGCAUAAACAUUCUUUCAAGGCAAUGUUCGUGGCAGCCCAAUGCCAAUAGCCAAGUAAUGUGUAAAACAAUAUCAACAGAGUAUGCAAUA